GACAUUUCGUUCAGUCCUCCACCCGCCCGCUUCGAGUUGGUUCGUGCUCGCUCGCUCCGACCACUGCCCCCCCCCCCAGCCGCGUCGGACGCCGCGCGAGAUCCCCUUCCCCGCGCGCACCCCCAGCGCGGCCGCGGAGUCCUAGGGCUAGGGUUUAUCAGGAGAUGCGUCCCCUCCUCGUCCUCGCCGCCGCUUGCGCCCUUCUCGUGGCGGCCGGCGCCGCCGCCGCGGAGGAAGAGGCGAAGAACGCCACCAACAAGUUCCGGCAGCGCGAGGCCAGCGAUGACAUGCUCGGCUACCCCCACCUAGAUGAAGAUGCUUUAUUGAAUACCAAGUGUCCAAAGCAUGUGGAGCUGAGAUGGAAGACUGAAGUUAGUUCAAGCAUUUAUGCAACUCCUUUGAUUGCUGAUAUCAACAGUGAUGGAAAAUUGGAAGUAGUGGUGCCAUCAUUUGUUCAUUACUUAGAAGUUCUUGAAGGCUCUGAUGGAGACAAACUGCCAGGAUGGCCUGCAUUUCAUCAGUCAAAUGUUCAUUCAAGCCCUCUUCUAUAUGACAUUGACAAGGAUGGUGUACGGGAAAUAGUUUUGGCUACUUACAAUGGUGUAGUGAAUUUCUUUAGGAUAUCAGGUUAUAUGAUGAUGGACAAGCUCGAGGUACCUCAUAGGAAAGUACGUAAAGACUGGUAUGUUGGGCUAAAUCCAGAUCCAAUUGAUCGUUCCCAUCCAGAUGUUCAUGAUAGUUCAAUUGUGAAAGAGGGUGCUUCUAAGGAAUCUCCCCCAAAAGAUCAGGAGAAAUCUGGUAUUGAAGAAUCUUCUAAGGGAAAUCAGUCACGGAGUAUGCAGGGAGGUGAGGACCUGAAAAAUGUGUCUAGGCAACACUCCGUUGAAACAAAACCUAAUUCUACCCGAGUACAAGAGAAUGUGGAGUUGUCGAAUAAUGUAACCAACACUCAAUCUGGGAGUAUCUCUGGUGUUACUACUGCAACAGAGAAAACAUCACAUACUCAAAGGCGUUUACUUCAAACAGCUGAUAAAAGUGAUGAUCAAACAGGAAGCUCAAAAACUCAUGAAAGUGAUUCGGAGGCAAAAGUAGGAGCCACUGUUGAAAAUAGUGGGCCACUAGAGGAUGAUGCUGAUACAUCAUUUGAUAUGUUCCGGGAUGCAGAAGAUCUGCCUGAUGAGUACAAUUAUGAUUAUGAUGACUAUGUUGAUGAAUCCUUGUGGGGAGAUGAGGACUGGAAGGAACAAGAACAUGAGAAAGCGGAAGAUUAUGUGAGCAUAGAUGCUCAUAUCUUGUCCACCCCUGUAAUUGCAGAUAUUGACAAAGAUGGUGUACAAGAAAUGGUGAUUGCUGUAUCCUACUUUUUUGAUCGCGAGUACUACGAUAACCCAGAACAUGCAAAAGAGCUAGGAGGGAUUGACAUUGAAAAAUAUGUUGCAAGCAGUAUAGUUGUCUUUAACCUUGACACACGGCAAGUUAAAUGGACUGCAGAGCUUGAUUUGAGUACUGAUACUGGAAAUUUCCGUGCACAUGUAUAUUCCUCUCCAACCGUGGUUGAUUUGGAUGGUGAUGGAAAUUUGGACAUCCUUGUUGGAACUGCCUAUGGCCUGUUUUAUGUCAUCGAUCAUCGUGGUAAGGUUAGGAACAAAUUCCCCCUCGAGAUGGCUGAGAUUCAUGCACCAGUCAUUGCUGCGGACAUCAACGAUGAUGGGAAAAUUGAGAUGGUUACUGCUGAUGCCCAUGGAAAUGUAGCAGCAUGGACUGCAGAGGGAGAAGAAAUCUGGGAAGUGCAUCUAAAGAGUCUAAUUCCACAGCGACCCACUGUUGGUGAUGUCAAUGGAGAUGGCCACACUGAUGUUGUGGUCCCUACCGUGUCAGGAAACAUCUAUGUUCUUAGUGGAAAGGAUGGCUCGAAAAUUCAUCCUUUCCCGUAUAGAGCACAUGGAAGGAUCAUGAGUCCUGUACUACUGCUCGACAUGAGCAAACAUGGAGGAAAUGCACAAGGGCUAACUCUUGCUACUACGUCCUUCGAUGGUUAUUUGUAUUUGAUCGAGGGAUCAAGUGGUUGUGCGGAUGUUGUUGACAUCGGAGAGACCUCGUACACCAUGGUUUUGGCUGACAAUGUGGAUGGUGGAGAUGACCUUGAUCUUAUUGUUACCACAAUGAAUGGCAACGUCUUCUGCUUUUCCACUCCCUCACCACACCAUCCACUCAAGGAAUGGAGAUCAUCAAGCCAAGGAAGGAAUAAUGCUGCAUAUCGGUACAACCGUGAAGGUAUUUAUGUUAAGCGUGGUUCCAGGACCUUCCGUGAUGAAGAGGGCAAGCAUUUCUGGCUAGAGUUUGAGAUUGUUGACAAGUACCGGGUUCCCUAUGGUAACCAAGCUCCCUAUAACGUGACGGUAACUUUACUUGUUCCUGGGAAUUAUCAAGGAGAUAGACGCAUUGUGGUCAAUGAGGUGUAUCAUCAGCCAGGGAAGCAACGGAUGAAGCUUCCAACUGUUUCUGUUAGAACUACAGGAACUGUUCUCUUGGAGAUGGUUGACAAAAAUGGGUUUUAUUUCUCUGACGAGUUCUCACUCACCUUCCACAUGCAUUACUAUAAGCUGCUGAAAUGGCUUGUGCUUCUGCCAAUGCUCGGGAUGUUUGUUGUUCUUGUCAUCUUACGGCCCCAAGAAGGCGCACCAUUGCCAUCGUUUUCUCGGAACAUCGAUUAAUGAUUCAUAUGGUGAAAAGCACAGGGCCUCACUGAAGCAAAUGAAGAGAUAAAGAUUACCUCCCAACCCUCCAGUGACAGGACUUGUCCACACUGUAAUAUACGGGGGAGUUUAAUCUACACAGAAUUCACGCGUUGCUCUCCAGCAGUUAACCAGUUCAGGGGUCAUAGUUUUACAGUAGAACAGAUCAGUUUUGCAGAAGAAUUUUGUACACACGCGGAGCCAUUUUCUAACCGGUGAUGUAUUAGAUUGGCUCAUCUGAGCCUACAUUGUCACUAUAGCAUCGGUUCAACUGAGCUACAUAACUUAUGCUGUUUAACUGCUGAAUGCUGCUCAAGGAAAUGAUAGACACCGUGGGAUUGUAAGGUGGUGCUUUGUUGCCUUUUCCCUGUCACUGAA